UGCUUUUGAUCUGCUGUAGGGGCAGCAGGACGUACCGCCCGUGUAGUUUACGGUACCGGAAGUAGACACGGGACAGAAGAAGAAGAAGAAGAGGAUCUCCUCCGCUAGCUAGCUAGCUACUGCUGGGAAGUAGCGUCAACAUUUUCAGGAUAUUACCAUAAUGAGUUAUGCAGAGAAGCCGGAGGACAUAACAAGGGAAGAGUGGAUGGAUAAACUGAACAAUGUCCAUAUUCAGAGAGCUGAUAUGAACAGGCUCAUUAUGAACUACCUGGUGACAGAGGGCUUCAAGGAGGCAGCGGAGAAGUUCAGGAUGGAGUCUGGAAUAGAGCCUAGCGUCGACUUGGAUUCCUUAGAUGAAAGAAUUAAGAUAAGAGAGAUGAUCCUGAAGGGACAUAUCCAGGACGCCAUUGCACUGAUCAACAGUUUGCACCCAGAGCUGCUGGAUACGAACCGUUACCUCUACUUCCACCUACAGCAGCAGCAUCUGAUCGAGCUGAUUCGUUUGAGGGAGACCGAAGCUGCCCUGGAGUUCGCCCAGUCUCAGUUAGCAGAGCAGGGCGAGGAGAGUCGAGAAUGUCUGACCGAGAUGGAGAGGACACUGGCCCUGCUGGCGUUCGACAACCCUGAGGAGUCACCUUUUGGAGAUCUGCUCAACAUGAUGCAAAGACAAAAGGUGUGGAGUGAAGUGAAUCAGUGUGUGCUAGACUAUGAAAACAGAGAGUCAACACCCAAGCUGGCCAAGCUCCUGAAGCUACUGCUGUGGGCUCAAAACGAACUUGACCAAAAGAAAGUGAAGUAUCCCAAAAUGACAGACCUCAGCAGGGGAACCAUCGAGGACCCCAAAUAAGGACCCGCAGUGAAGACAAACCACAGCAUUACAAAACGGACACAUUUCCUUUAUCUAUUUAUACCCCGACAAACUGUCUCAUAUAGAAUACAACCUUUUCUUUUUUGUAAGGGUUGCUUUUUGAUACUUUAAUAACUUAGAAUGUGCAAAACUGGAUUGAAAAUUAAUUCUCACACUAAAGUAACAUGCAGACCAUUCUUUUACUUGGUAUUAUAAUUUACAUAUUUGUUUAUGUAAGAUUAGUAUAUUUCAGUUACACUAGUUUUUCUGUCUGUUGGCAGGGAAAGUUGUUGGCAUAGGAGGGUGUGAAUUAAGCCUAAAUUAGGCUGUCACUUUCUGUGUGUGACCAGUUUGAUGUUCAGGGAAAAUGGUUGGCUCGGUAUGCACUGCCUCAAAUAUACUUAUUUUUCUUCCUUACAAAAAACAUACACAUUUCAGCUAGUAGUUUUUAGCUAGUGCUCGACGUGACGACAAGAGCCACAGCAAGAUGCUUGGGAUCUUUCAAACUACUGUGACUUUGAAAGUUAAAUUCUGCUUAAGACAUGAACUGCAUUAUUGCUUGAGACAUUACAAAAAGAUGCAAACACGGACAGGAAAUAAGAAAGGACAUACUUUAAAGUUAUACAUACCGUAACAAUUAACAUGUGGGACAAGGCAAGAUUCCUGGACUGCUAGAAACUUUGCAGCGUACUGUGACUGUACAAGCUUAAAGGCAGCCUCAGUUUCAUACUGUUAUAAAAUAUCACAGAUAUUAAAAGAUGUGAAUGGAUAAAUCUGUGUUCACAGACAUGGAGACCCUUACAGAUGGGAGUAUUUACAUGUAUGGAAUAAGUAGCUCUUUUGCUAAAUUUGAUGUGCUUUUUUUGCUGGGAUAUUAUUUUGCAAUAAAAGUGAAUUUUUAAACUGCGCAACUCAUAA